UCAGACUUAGUCCAGAUUAUUCUACCAGUACCUCACUGUCUGCUGGACAGAGAGAAUAUAAACAGAGGCAGAGGAGUUCCAAACCAGCGGCUAGAUCAUUUAGCCUUGUAAAGACCAAAAUUGAAAUUUCUCCAUUUGUUUUUACUUGAUUAUUAUUAGCAUUGUUAUUUUUAUUAUUGUUGUUAUUACUAUUACUACUACAAGAACUGAGACAACAGCUGAGAUACAUGGCACUUCUGAGGUCAGGCUGGCUGUGGAGACAGACUUCUGUCCUAAAACGCUGGAAGUUAAACUGGUGUGACCUCUGGAUAGAUGGGAGUCUUUGCUUCUACAAGACCGACAGCAGGCGAGACCUGGAGUAUCGCAUCAGCCUCAAGACAGCGUGCAUAGACGUCAGAUCUGGCCUUGAAUGUGAAGGUGUGACCCCACCAGAGAGUAAUCCCAGGGAGAAUCUCAUUAUGGUUCAGCUUACAAGCGGCUCGUCAGUCAACCUGUGUGCCAACAGUGAGGAUGAAUCCAUAGCAUGGAAACUGACUCUGCUCGACACCAGGAGAAACCCGGUGUUCACAUACGACCCAUAUGAUGACUCCUACCAAGCUGUCCCUAUCAACAGACACCAUACUGUCUACAUCACACCUGGAGCAGGACCAGGAACCCACCAGGUGGUUGUUCAACGGGACCCGUUUGAUGGAGUGGCGGAGCAUCUAGCGCUGGGAUUACUGGCAGGCAUGGCAGCAGGAACAGCCAUGCGAUCCUUCCUUUGGAUGCCCAUCUUUUUCUGCUGAUGAGCUCCAUUACUGGCAUGACACGGCAUGUUUGUCACCACGGACUGGCAUGAGCAUGUGUAGACAGCCCCCCCCCCAAAACCAUCAGCUUUUGUAGCAUCGCUUUUCAAAUCACAUCUGCUAGAACAAACUGCUGCUCUAUUGGUUGUUCUGUUUUUAUUCGUAUGUGCACGUUUGCGAUUAAGACUUAAGAAGCGGAAUGUAUUUAUAUAUUAUUCCUGCUUGUACAGCACACAGAAUCUACUCAUGAGCAUUUGCAAACGCCAGGAAGUCCAUUUUAUAUCUGAAGGUUGCUAAUUUUGUUUGCAUCUAAUAGAUUGGUAAAAGUGUAGCAUGUAGGCCUAUUUGGAAAUAAAUUGAUGUAUUAAAAUGUAA